GGGCUUUUCUGUUUCUGGACUCACAUGGCGACUGAAACCCUAGAAAACGGAGUUGAACACCCGGCAAAGGAGGAAACUAGGGUUGGUGAUGCUGAGAAAGAAGAUGAAUCAAAAGACGAAAGUGAAGAGGAGAAGGAGGAAGAAGGAAGUAAGAAGUCUUUGGAGACUCUGAGUAGUAGUAAUAGGCCAAUGAGAGAGAGAAAGAAAGUUGAGCUUUACUCUCUCUCCACUCCUCUGCAACCUACACCAACCAAGUCCCUUUCCAUUGAAAAGGGUCGUGGAACACUGCUCAAGGAAAUUCCAAAUGUGGCUUAUCAACUAUCCAAGAGAAAAGCUGAUAGCGACCUCAUCUUACUACACACCGUUCUGUAUGGGAAGAAAGCAAAGGCACAGAUGGUUAAGAAAAAUAUUGGUCUGUUUUCUGGCUUUGUAUGGUCAGAGAAUGAGGAGGAGAAGCUAAGAGCACGAGUGAAGGAGAAACUUGACAAAUGCGUAAAAGACAAGUUAAUAUUUUUCUGUGAUGUGCUUGAUAUACCUAUAAGCAAAAGCAACAUUAAAAAAGAAGAAGUAGCUGUUAAAGUGCUUGAGUUUUUGGAAUCUCCCAAGGCAUUAAGAGAUGUUUUACUUGCUGAUCGAGAAAAGCAAGCCAAGAAGCGCAAGAGCACACAGAGAAAGAGGAAAUCUGCAGAAUCUUCAGAUACGCCAGCCAAGAGGAAAAGACAAACUAAAAAGCGUGAGCAUCCAUCUGACACAGAAGAAGGCAAGGGUGAGGGUGAUUCUGAUUCGGAAGGCACUAAGGAUACUCAUGAUCAAGAUGAUGCAGCACCAGAAGAAGAUAGUGACCAUGUAAAAACUGAAACUGAAGAUGAGAAAGACGAAGCAGAAUAUGAGAAGCCAUCUGAUAAGAAAAUCUCAUCGAAAAAGACUAAAGAGGAGAGCUCAUCAGGCACCAAAGACAAAGAUAAACAAGCGUCUGCUAACGGUUCUAAGAAAUCUAGUGAAAAUUCCUCCAAAAGAGUUGAUAAGUCAACUUCAUCCCCAGCCAAGAAGCAAAAAGUUGAUAAUGAAAAGUCUUCUAAAGGGAAAAGCAAGAAACAGUCAGUUAAAACACAGGCUAAUGGAUCCAAAGAGAAAGGAAAAGCUACUAAGAAAGGCAAAGUAGAGCCAACCAGAGAAGCAAUGCUUGAAUUUGUGUCCAAAAUUCUGAAGGAAGUAGACUUCAACACGGCGACAUUAUCAACUAUUCUGCAGAAGCUAAGUGACCAUUUUGGUGUUGAUCUCUCGCAUAGAAAACCAGAGGUGAAGGAGGUUAUUCAAGAUGCAAUAAAUGAAAUGACUGAUGAUGAAGAAGAAGACGAAGAAGAAAAAUCUGAGGCUGGAAGCGACAAAGAGAAUGAAGAAGAGGAAAAAGCUGAGGCUGAAAGUAACAAAGGGAUAGAAGAAGAAGAAGAAGAGGAGAAGCUAAAGGAUAAAGCUUAGCGAGUUUCUUCUCUCAAAAGAUCUGAUGUGAAGAGAAGCAAAACUGAUCAACAUUGUGCACUUGAUAGUUAGAGAGUGCUGAAUCUUUACUUUGUACUACUAUGUAAUCUCUAUAGUUUCAUCGUGUAGUGUCAGUGACUUCUUCUUGUGUAGCUGUUAGGUUUUCUAAUCCUUGUUUUAUUUGCUACCCUUGAUAGGAAAUUUCC